AUGAAUCUUGCCAAAUUAAGAUCGGGCAGCUUGUCGCCCCGCAAAAAACACGAUCCCCGGCUUUCGCCCGAAAAGGACCAAUUCGAUGAAUUGUCGCCAGAACUCGUUCCUAUUGUCACCCUCAUGUCGUCCCAGGCACACCGGCGUUACCAUGAGGGUAUUUUCAUGCUUUACUACGAUUUGAACGGAGAUGGGAAACCGGCUGAUCGCGAGUGGAAAGAGGUUUAUGGCAUUUUAACCGGCAACCAGUUGGCGUAUUGGGACGCAGCACACUUGGCGGAAUACCGGUCAAACCCAGAGGCGCUUUUGGAAACCUCGGCUAAACCCAAUUAUAUCAAUUUCACAGAUUCCGUGUAUAAUGCCAUGAAGACGCUUCCGGCCGCAAAACAGAACCUUGACAAUGUGAUUAUCGUGUCCACCACCUUGAAAAACCGCUACAUCAUCCAAUUGAAGUCGUACAACGAACUAGUCAACUGGUAUCUUGCGCUCCGUCUUGCUUCGUACGAAUACCAAUCCCUUCAAGAGGCCUAUACCGCCGCCCUUCUUUCAGCCAGAGGAUCCCGUCUCCUGGAUAUUCGUACUGUGUUGGCCGAGAAAAGAUUUGACCACGAAGACUGGGUAUCUAUCCGUUACGGAUCAGGAAUGGCUUGGAAGCGGUGUUAUGCAGUGGUGCAACCGUCGACUUCUAAAAAGAAGAGCUUCACUCCUGGUCGGAUUUUGUUCUUUGAAAACGAACAAAAGAAGAAAAAACAACUCAUGGCCGUCGUUUCUAACGCUUCAUCUGUCACUGCAGUGUUUCCUCAAUCUCACAUGUUGAUCGACCACAGUACAAUGUUGAAACUUGAAGGAUUCAUCAACUUCAAAUCCCCGUCUCUCUCGACCAAAACUUCAAAAAAAUCGGUUGACGACUUCAAGAAUACCUCGAUCUUUCUUAUGCCCGAACAGCAUUCGUCUGUGCCGGGUUUCGACACCUUGAUUAGGUUCCUUAUGCCAUUACUCGACUCUUUUGGUUUGUAUGGACGUCCAAAGAGACUCAAGGCAGAUAGAAUUGACCCUGAAUCUCUUCUUUUUGGUCUUCCUACGCUUCCGCGUGUUCAUUACCUUGAAUUAUCUGACCUCGACAAAUUUGCGCAAACCGAUAGUAUGUUCUCAUGGGAUGUCAAGCAGUGGAACUCCAACCUCAAAGCGAUCAUGAAAGCAAAAUUGGACCGAGGAUAUGAAGGCUGUGGUAGUGACCGUGGUGUCGCUGGUGCUGUAAGUUCGCUUUCAAGUCCUAGAAUGACUAGCACGAGCUCCGGCAGUACUGGAACUCGAAGCGCAAGCAGCAGUGUUUCUCGUCCAGUUCCUCCACCCAAGCAAUCCUACGAUCGUUCCACGUCUCGGAGCGGCAGUUCUGACCGUUUGGCUGGAGGUUUCAGCUCUGACCUGUUGCCGCAAACGUCUUCCAUCAACAAGAAUUACAAUAAUCUCAAGAUUCAGACUCCUGUGACUACGGCUGGAAGCAAUAACGGAAUGGGCCUUGGAAUCGCUGGUGCUUCUGCUGGUACUGCGUUGGCUGCAAGUAGUCUCAAUGCUCCUGCUUCCAACAACCACCAUAAGUCGGUUGAACUAGCAGACAUAUACCAGAAAUAUCUGACGCUCAAAACACCUUCCGAUCAAUUCAGAACCGACAGAAACGAACUUCUUGACAAGUCCCCAGAGCGGUUUGAGGAAUCGGACCUUCCUGUUGCUUUCCAGUCGAUGCAUUUGGGGGAUAAGUUUGUGGGCUCCUAUCCCAAAGAGGACAUUGCUUUCAGCGACGACGAUGACGACGAAGGUAGUGCUCUUGAGGUUCCUACCUAUGGUCAGCGUGACAGCAGCUACUCGUCUGUCCAGUCACCAACGACUCAGUAUAACGAGUUCAACCGCCAGUACGCUUCGGCUGUUGAUCACAAAAAAGGCCCGUUGCAUAACGUUCAUUAUGGCCUGGACGACAGUCUCGAGUCGUCACCUCCACCACCUCCUGCCCACACUACCUCGAUCGCUCAGUCCAAACCCUCCUUGAAUCUCGCACUGAGUAUCAGCAAUGUUCCUCAAGGUACACCCGAGACAGCAAAAGGAGACCAUUUAUCGAUUCACUCGCAGUCAGCUGCCAGCGGGCACUCGUCGCCUUACUCUGAAGAAGGUGACAAGAAUCAGGAUGUACAUGAUCCUCCAUAUCAGUCAACCAGUAUGGGUAAAGUACCAAAGUUACCUCCUGUGGGAAAACCAAAGUACAUUACUUCACCAAACAUGUCGCAGAAUCUACCUUCAUUCCAGGUUGAUGAAGAGCGACCUUAUCCAGCGCAAGAAUUGCAUGUGCAACGGUCGAGACCUCAACAACAGUCUCAACAACCGCCUCAACUUCAACACCAAUCUCAAAAACCUCAACCUCAAUCUCAGUUUCAACCCCAACAGCAACCUCAAUCUUCUUCUCGCCCGUUGAGGUCAGCAGCUCCUAACCCGAUGCCCUCUUCAGCUCCAAGAUACCCUCGACCAGAAGCUGAAGUUGUACCUCAAGCACCGCCGCAGAAGAAAGAGUAUCCACAAUCGCUGCAAUUUGGGUACCAGCCUCAGGCACAACCAGUUCCAAAGGCUCAUGGAAAGCGGGUUUUAGGAUAUCCUCAGAACUAUUCACAACCAGGCGGACUGUCUCAACCUCCAGUGCAACCAAAUCAUGGACAACCAGCCUAUAGUCAACCAACUUAUGGACAACCAGUUUACACACAGCCAGCUUAUGGUCAGCCUAUCUCACCAAACUAUCCCAAGCAUCAGCAGCAACCACCACUGGGACACCACGGGCAUAGAAAGCCACCUGCCAAUUAUGGAAUACCUCCAUCUGCCACUUAUCAAAACGUACCUCAACAACGUCCAGUACAACAGCAAGGUAUUCCACCAUCUAGCAGUUACCGGCAAUAUCCACAAAGUGCCAAUCCUUCUGCUAUGAGAUCUUAUAACAAUCCGACUCAGCAACAAUAUCAGUACCAAUUCCAACCCCAGGGCCAACCACGGCCACAUAACCCUGGCCAACAACCCCAGAAUCCUGGCCAGCAUCAGCCUCAACAUGGACGGCAGUUUUAG